CCGGUCGAAUGUUGAAAAAAGCUGGUAAGGAUAUUCCAACGAAGUCCGGGACAAAAACAAAUCCUAAAUCUCAAAAAGAGGUUCCCGGUCAAAUGUUGGACAAAGCUAGUAAGGAAAUUCCAACGACGUCCGGGACAAAAUCUCAAAUUAUGAUGCGUCUUGAGAAAAUGGUGGAAGAGUCAGAUAUUAUGCACGGCGCCAUCCGUAGUGUAGAUAUGGAUGAAGGUGUUUUCGGAAUUGCUCAUUCCGAAUUAAUUGCAAAGGAGGACAUGCAACAACUUUUUGAACACGAAGAAUUGGGCAUCGCUGUCAUUCAUACAUACAUAUGGUACUCCGAUCAAUCUAUUAUUUACUUAGUUGAACACUUUAUUUACACAUUUCAAUGAGUAGUCUAAUGUUUAUUAUGUUUCUAUUUAAGGUAUAUGU